AUGACUGGCCAGGAGGCAAAAACUUCAACGGAAGACUUAGGGGGGAAGGAAGGAAACUCAAAGUCAUGUCAGGAUAGCAGUGACAUUCACUUCAAAGGGAAAAUGAUGACACAACUCAAGAAACUCAAAGAAUCAUUCUACCAAAGACAGGACAUCCCCACGAAUUCACUCAGGCUUCUCUUUGAAGAUCAGAGAAUUGCUGAUAAUCACUCUCCAAAAGGACUGGGAAUCAAGGAAGGUGUGAUUGAAGUUUAUCAGGAGCACACAGGGGGUCAUUCAACCGUUUAG